CGCCAUUAAUACCAAAGUCAUAGUCAACAGUACCGGUGUUUGCGACUCGUAGCGACUUAUUCGCAGAGCUGGUUUGCAGUAGUAGCUUCAAGUACUGAUAAAGUAGAAGUCGUAGAUAGUUGAAUAGGACUUUUCAUAUUUGUCAGUUGAAGUAAACGUCACCUGUUAGGCAUCAUUGCCGCGAUGCGUCAAACGGAAACGUUUUGACAGCCGUGUAACCCGCGAUCAAAUGCAAUAAAAUCACGUCCUUGCUACGUCAGCAAAAGUUACUUGUGACAUGAAGUAAACCGUGAGAGAUAAAAGUUAUCUCUUCAAUUUAAAGCAGCCCCACCUGUGGGUGUCCAUGUGGUGUUCAUCGUAUCAAAGCGUCAGCGUGUUUCUGGAGACAUCAUUUGUUGUGUUUUGCAUUCCCCGAUAUCCGCAUUUUCAUGCCGUUUGGUGAUCUGGGUUACGUUGAUCGUUCGCUACGCUUUGAAUAAAAACGGCGUACAAAACGAGAUCUCCUGCGUCCUACGGUUUCUCGUAACCAUGGCAACACCAUCAUUCUCCCGUGGCUUGGCUUCCCUGCUAACUGAGGAUCAGUAAAUCCCCGUCGGCGCGUUGCACGACUUCGUUAUCCGUUCCGUGUAUUCACCUUGCUCUAAAUCGGGAGUUUCAUUAUGUUUUUGUGUUUAUUCUUCACUGCGUGGAGUUAAUUCAGAGCAAAUGCUGCUCGUUUGCUUCCGUCAGAUGUCGCAGCCGGGGAUGAAGACUCUUACGGGCUCCGACUCGUCCCUAGGCCUAAUUAAUAACUGUGCGAGCAAGUGCCGUCGGGUUCCCUCAAUCGUUGCGUCAAUGUACACAGCCGCCGCCACCAGCUCCUCCGCCCGUUAUAUUUUUGUUUCGUUCUGUCGGUAAGACUGUCAGCUUCGACUGUUUACUCGUAAUUUGCCUUCUCCAAUAUUAUCGAACCGCUAGUCACUUCGCACUGAUCGCUAGUGCCCGAUAGCCGAUUCGUUAUCACACCCCGUGGGGUCGACGAAACCGUGCUCGACUAUGCAAUCGGCACCCUUGCCAGAAAUGUGCCGCAGUGCGAUAGUCAAGGUACGCUUACGAAGCUUGCACUGAUUUGUUUUUCGUUCCUUUUUGUUUCGCCGGACUCCGACUGUGGACGGUGUCAUCCGAUGCGCAUGCUAGUCUCAACACCUCUACCCUCCUGCGAUCGCUUAGAUUGCGCUCGCUACGAGAGUGAUAGUUCACUGAAACCUGAUGCGAGACCGACGCUUGAGUCACGCUUCUAUGUAGUGGCACUAUGUAGUAGUUCGCCGCCAUCGAGUGAUCGAACGUUUCCAGCAUGACGGGGAACGAUCGCAGUGUCUAAGGGAAGGGCCCCAAAUGGCGCCUCGCGCGGGCUUUGCCAGCGGCAGUGUCAUGAACUUCGCCGAAAACGCCCAUUGCAGCUUCGUAAUGCACAAACUGAGGCAGCAGCAGGAGAGGGGGCGCUUCUGCGAUGUCGUCUUGCACGUGGACGGCCGCCAGUAUCGGGCGCACCGCAGCGUUCUGGCCGCCAGCAGCCCGUAUUUCGACUCGAUCCUGAGAAUGCAGAAAGUGGCAGUGGAGCACCUCAGCAUCUCCUGCCGAAACCAGUCCGCCUUCCAGUCGUUCCUGCGGUACAUGUACUCUGGCUGCGUCAGCGUCCACCGGGGUAACGUCGCCGAACUUCUGCAGCUCUCCAACCACUUUCUCGUCUUCAAGCUGAAAAACUACUGUGCCGAAUACCUGGAGCACAACCUCAAUCUGGCCAACUGCCUCACCAUCCGUGAGAUGGCAGAAGCCAACAAUGUUCCUACGCUGCUCAAGGCUGUGGCAAGUUUCGUAAGUGAGAAUGUGGAAGACGUCCUCAAUGACCCCAGGCUACUCCGUCUUGACAGGGAGCGGUUUGUGGCCUUCAUCUCCGAUAGAAGACUCUGUCUGCCGCAAGGUGCUCCACUGCUCAACCUAGUGACGCGCUGGGUCUCACAUGACCUGGAAGAGCGAGAAGGCUGGCUUCGUCUCCUCCUCACGUAUGUUGACUGGGCAGUUGUUGACCAGAACACGUUGUCUCAGUGCCUAAGCCGCGACCCCGUGUUUAAGCUCAGUCGUCGGUGCCUCCAUUUUCUGCUCGAGACACUAGACAGUAACAUGGUGGAGGCACCCAAGUGCAGUAGUGUGGAGAAGCGGGAACAGCUGCGGCUGGAGUUCUCGCAGGGGCCCGAGAGUGACUGGGAGAGUUUCAUGAACCUUGCCGUCUCUGCAGCCAUCGAAGCUCUGUGCGCGGAGAUGUCGGGGGAGGCACGGGGCUCACCUGGUGCUCUGAGGUCGGCCGCGGAGGAAGAGGACGACGAGGACACGCUGUCCUCAGAUGACUGUGGCGAGCUGCUGGACGAAGAUGACGGCAGGGGAGACAAGAUCCACCUUCGUCAACAGCAGGCAGCUGUUGAUGACGAGAACAGCACGGAAGGCGAGAGCGAUGAAAAACACCACAUCCUCCGAAACCUGCUAGUUGGGAAGAAAGAUGCAGAAGCUGCAAAGACCUCCGAGCCCGAGGCCACUACGGACGACUCGAGUAAUGGACAAACACCAAAGCUGUCAUCCUCCGUUUGGAAAGCAGGUGUCAAGUGCGAGCACUGCAGCUACGUCAGCUACGGCGCGGCCAGACUGGAACAGCACGUCGCCAAGGCACACGGCAAGGGCAAGACGUAUGCCUGUCCCCUGUGCACAUACACGUGCAAGUGGAAUCGCGAGUAUUACACCCACAUGAAGCACCAUUUCAGCAGCAACGGCGAGGGGCCGUUCCAGUGUGACUCUUGCGCGUACAAGUGCGAGCGGAUACAGCUGCUACUCCUACACCGGAUGAGGCACACGGACGAGAGGCCGUACCAGUGCGGCGUAUGCGACUACCGGUGUCGGCAGAAGACCAACCUGGUGGCCCACAUGCGCUGUCACACCGGUGAGCGUCCAUUCGCGUGCGACCUGUGCGGCCGUGCCUUCGCACUCAAGUGCACUCUGGAACAGCACCUGCAAAGCCACCGUGACGACCGACCUUAUCUCUGUGAUGUGUGUGGCUUCACGGCCAAGUACCAGUCCCACCUGCUCUCCCAUAGACGCCUGCACACUGGAAAUGUCUUUCGUUGCCAGUUUGCGGGUUGCACGUACGUCUCUCCGAAACGCAGCCAGCUGGAAGCCCACAUGCGGACGCACACGGCGGUGCGGUCGCACGUGUGCGCCGUGUGUGGGCGUGCCUUCAUUGAGCGCAGCCACCUCGUUCGGCAUGAGCGGAUACACCUCGAUGACAAGCCGUUCAAGUGUCUGGAGUGUGACUACACCAGCUCGCGGCGCGAUAAGCUCAAGGAGCACCACGAGAAACACCACGGCGAGAACGCCACAGCUAAGGCUCCCUACAGACCUCGCAAGACAUCUAGCAGUGCAGGGCAGAUGUUGGUCGACUCGGUGCAACUCGGCCUCGACGACACCUAUGUUUCGACGGACUCACAGCUUGAUCCUACAGACCCCGACGAUCGUUACCUCGUAGUUCAGAUGCAGGCAUCAGGGGCUCUCACUGUCCCAGAUCCAGGCCCUCCAGUCACACUCCAGUCUGGACGACUCGUCUAGCAUGUUGUUGUGGACCAACAGGGUUCGCUCCUAGAUGCACAAUUGGGGGACCUCAGUGUGGACAAUCCCGAGGAAAUUUUGUCGGUGACUUUGAACGAACCUUUGAACUCCUCUUCUGAGAUUAGUGCUGCUUCCUCGGAACUCAGUAAUGUGAAUCCGUUCAUGACAUUCUUUUAAUUUAUUUCAUAAGAACUAAAACAAGCUUCUCAUGCAUCAUUGAGUUGUUUCAAGCAAGUGUGUUGUCCGAGAAUGCAGACAUGUUCAUGUUUUCUAAGUGUUUAUAUUAUAAUCUAUUUCCAGAGUAGCAUUCAGGUGAAGGUGGUGUGCUGUGUGUGUGCAUUAUUUCAUGUUUAUUGUAUGCAAGGUUCACAACAUGAAUCUAACAGUAGUUAGACAAGUGUAAAUAUGUUCUAUAAAUGCACGCAGGUACUAGUUCCUGUAAAGGCGGCGUCAUUCAAUGCAACCACUGUGUAUGCUGCCACCUAUUUUCCUUGUGCCAAGAUCUCUGGCGGUUGGUAAACACCCAUAGGCGUGUGCACGAGGGGGGUAGAGAGGAUGGCACGCACCCUAGUAACAUGACGGGGUGGAUGCAAAGCUAGCCCCAUACAUUGACAUAAUAGAGAGUGAUAGCCGAGCGGGCCCAGGGGCAAGUGAAGCACAAGACGACAGGAAGAAUAGCCGAGCGAGUGCUCCCUCUACUUGUUUCAGGGGAGUGCACUGCAUUCUGUGCCAUCUGUUGAACACUGUUGAAGCUAUACUGUCGAUCGAGCAGAGGCUUUGCUUGGAGAAUGCUCGCAUGCUGGUAUGGAGCGAGUGAGUGGCUCGUUUAGCAUGUCGUGCAUGCGCACUUUCAGUCACUGCUUAUUCGCCCAGUCGCUCGGCUAUUACUCUCUGAUAGAUUGACGGGUGCUGCGACGAGGGGCAGGAGUCGGCUCUAUACAUUGACAUAAUAGGGAAGGGGGCACUGCGACUAACCCCCAACCCUGCGCGUGCCUAUGUGCACACCAGUUUGGCGCGUUGAGCAUCCCAACUUGUGUGGUUUCUGAACCGAUUGUUGAUGUCACAAGCUUUCUAAGGGUAGAGAGUUUGUAACUCUAUUGAUGCUAGUCCCAGUGCUCAUUAUCAUUGUCACCCAUGCACAUCUUCUCAGAAUUACUUCCUGGACAACCAAGGACAGCUGUUUGUGUGUAGACUGACUACCCUAGCUCCUUUAUAUGCACAAUCAGUGUUGCAUCUUCAUUAGUGUGUGAACUAGUUCAGUAAUGACGAUCUCGUACUCUUUAACUGGUGUCUGCUCGACCAAUGAAGCAUCACUUUUAUUGUAUUUAUUGUCAAUAUGAUUGAUGCAGUGAAAUCGUCGUAGAUGGUAUUCAGACGGUUGACAUUAUGAAAAAGCCUUCACUGGUUAAUGCAUUGACAUGGAUGGGUGUUCUAAAAGUAACUGCUCAGAGGUUCGUAAUUGUAGUGUGGUUUUUAAUGGGAAGACGCCAGUGAAUAACAGUACCCUACCAAG